AUGUCUUCCAAGACGGAACGUUUAUUCUUCGAAAGCCUUCAGCAUAAGGCUCUCGAAUGUCUGGAUACGUUUCCAAGUAAAGUAGUCGAGUUAAAUGAAAUCAUUGAAGAAUAUAUGCCGGAAUCAGCGAGGAAUAACGUCAACGUAAACACUAACGUAAUUUAUCCUCGAACGAGAUCAGUAUCAACGUUAUCAAGUAUAAGAGAUUGUAAGACGAUAAUUAUCGAUUUCGAUGAUAAUCAUUGAACAAAUAUUAGUUACAUUUCUCAAAAUAAUUUCUUAAUUACAGUUGCAACUUAUUAUUCUCUAUCGAUGUGCGAUCGUAAUCGCACGAAACAUAGAAUUUAUAAAAGAAAAUAUCAUAGAAUAUACGGUGGUAAUAACGCGACGAUACGUCGAUAUCCUGGUGCCCUUGGCCAACUAUUGGCAUUUAUCAUAAGUCGACUAGCUUCCUGUACAAAAAAAAUCGUAUUCACGCCGUCCUAUUUCGUAAUCGACAAUAUCAUUCCAAUGUUUUUCCAAAAAUCAGAGUUACAAAACGCACAAUGUGGUACAUCCUCCAAUUGGAGCUCCUCCGUUCUAGAGUAUACGUCUAGCAUCAAACAAGUUGACACAAUCGUUGAUACUUUUAUCGGCAUCAUGCGACCAGCCGCUGUUCAAUUAAUCGCAGAUAUCACGAUACUUAAACGUUGGCUGCAGGCUCUUGUCCUAAUCAAAAAUUCGCUCGAAUCGAUUGAAUUGACGAAUGCGACUCGUACCACCGAAACCAUCGAUUGCUGGGCUUACGAACUCUACUUUCAUCUCAAAAAUCUUCAAGUGAGUAUACGCAACAAACAAAUGAGGGAGGAAAAGAAAGCAACUCCAAAGGAUUCGAUGGAUCGUAACGGUAUGACACACUUAAAUCUGUGGCAUCGAAUGGUCCAACUUCGUAAUAAUUAUAUUAUCCUCUACGAAACAUUGAAUAACAAUCAAAACAUCUUGAAUCUCGCGUCUAUGGAAGUUUCUUGA